CUUCCUUCAGGACUCGGGAUCGAUCUGGAGCUCUGGGAAUUUCCCUGACCCGGCUGCUUCGGGCUUUCCAGCCUCAAGCAUGCAUAAAAAGGGUUCGCCGAUCUGGGGAAGCCACAGAGCCCGGGUCGCAGGCACCUCCCCGCCAGCUCUCCCGCUUCUCGCACAGCCUCCCGAUCCGUCUGCUGAGCCCCAUGGCCCGCGCCGCGCUCUCCGCAGCCCCCAGCAAUCCCCGGCUCCUGCGGGUGGCGCUGCUGCUCCUGCUCCUGGUGGCCACCGGAAGGCGGGCAACAGGAGCGCCCGUGGCCACUGAACUGCGCUGCCAGUGCUUGCAGACCCUGCAGGGAAUUCACCCCAAGAACAUCCAAAGUGUGAUUGUGAAGGCCCCAGGACCCCACUGCGCCGAAACCGAAGUCAUAGCCACACUCAAGAAUGGGCAGAAAGCUUGUCUCAAUCCCGCAUCCCCCAUGGUUCAGAAAAUCAUCGAAAAGAUACUGAACAAGGGGAGCACCGACUGACAGGAGUGAAGUAAGAAAGUUAUCAGUCUAACAUUGACACUUCCUGCAGGAUGGUCCCUGCCCUUACCAGAGCUGAAAAUGAAAAAGAGAACAGUUGCUUUCUAGGGACACCUGGAAAGGACUUAAUGUGUUUGACUAUUUCUAAUGAGGGUUCUACUUAUUUAUGUACUUAUUUAUUUAUGAAAGCUUGUAUUUUAAUAUUUUACAUGUUGUUAUUUAAAGAUAUGAGUGUGUUUCAUCAAACAUAGCUCAGUCCUGAUUAUUUAAUUGAAAUAUGAUGGGUUUUAAAUGUGUCAUUAAACUACUAUUUAGUGGGAGACCAUAACGUGUUAGGCACCUUGAUAAAUGAUAGGUUGGGGAAUUGGAGGGUGGGGUUUGGAAUGUAAGCAAUGAGUGGAUCACUGUUAGGGUAAGGGAAUGUAUGUGCACAUCUGUAUUUUUAUACUUUUUUUAAAGAAGAAUGUCAGUUGUUAUGUAUUGAAAUUAUCUCACAUUAUGUGUUCAACAUUUUUAUGCUGAAGUUUCCCUUGACAUUUUAUGUCUCGCUUGUAAGGCAUAAUGCCUUGUUUAAUGUCCAUUCUGCAGAGUUUCUCUUUGCCUUGGAAAAACGAAGUUACCAUUACUGUUACAUUUUUACAAAUGACAUGAUAAUAAAAGUUUUAUGAAA